CCCAUCUGGGCAGAAGAUCCUCCUGGGAUCCUCACUGGUGUGCCAGGAAGAAGUCUGCAGGACCUGCUGAGGAGCCUGGAAUUAGCCUGGAGGAAUCAGAGCCUCUUGGAAUUGUCAGCGCUGGAAGGGACCCUGAGGAGCAUCCAGUUCCAAGCCCCCUGCCAGAGGCAGAGACUCCUCACCCUGGGUCAGUGCAUACAGCAAAUUUGCAGUCAUGAAGUUCCUUUACCUCCUGUUUUGUUUCCUCCUCUUGGCACUCCCUGUUUCAUCAGGCUUGUCCUCACCGCGGCGGGAGAGGCUCUUCUGCCGAAGUGGCUCCUGUCACUUUGGAGCUUGUCCUCCAUAUCUGGUCAAAGUUGGGAGUUGCUUUGGGUUCCGCAACUGCUGCAAACCGAUAUGGGCUCUGUGAAAGCUCCAAGGACCAUCAGAGAGUCAACGUUUCUUCUCAGUCUAGGAGACUGCUUUGAAUCCCCUUCCACCCAAACCCACUGGAUCCUGCUCUGAAGGCUUUCAUUUUUAAUGCCAAAACCUUAUGGAGCAAAUGCAAAUGUCUUCUGCUCUGUUUUCUCUCCCUCUGAAUAAAUUGCUAUUGUUUGGCAUCCCCACUGCUGAAA